AUGCUAAGUCCAGCUCAGGGGCUCAGGUGGGGUUCGAAUCCAACGCGCUCAACGCUGCUCUAUCAAUCCUCUCCAGUUUCAUCGACGGCAUCCUUGAACCAACAAGACUUGCGAAGAAAUACAAUUGGUAGCAUUCCUGGUUCGAAUGCGGAUAGCUCUGCACCUCCAGAAACACAGAACGGUCAUAUUGAGCCUCGGAGUCCGCUGUCAGAUGAGGUGCAUUCAAUGCAGCUUCCCUACGACCACUGGCAGUUCAGACAUCCUAUCCCGCAAUAUCACGAGUUGUCAGACCCGACCUUAAGCGAUCCCCUCCAGACGCAACUCCCUUACGAUCACUGGCAGUUCAGACAUCCCAUCCCGCAGUCUCAGGAGCUGUCAGACGCAACUUUAAGCGAUCCCCUCCAGACGCAACUCCCUUACGAUCACUGGCAGUUCAGACAUCCCAUCCCGCAGUCUCAGAAGCUGUCAGACGCAACUUUAAGCGAUCCCCUCCAGACGCAACUCCCUUACGAUCACUGGCAGUUCAGACAUCCCAUCCCGCAGUCUCAGGAGCUGCCAGGCCCAACCUGCGACCCACUCGGGACGCAACUUCCCUACGAUCACUGGCAGUUCAGAUAUCCUAUACCGCGGUCUCACGAGCUAUCAGACCCGACCUCAAGCGAUCCCCCGCGACGCAGCUUCCCUACGACUACUGGCAAUUUAUGA